GCACUGCUUUAUCCUUACCUCCACUGGUAGGCUUGUUAGUCCAUUCCCUUAAGGUGGUUCACACUGUUAUGUUUCUCGUUUUGUUUUCGGUCGAGAAGGAGGUGGGGUAAUGAAGUUGGCAGUGGUGCAGUUUUACACUUCCCUCAGUCAGGAUGAAAUUAAAUAAAUUUUUAACUGAUUAUUCCAAAUUCAAUGAAGAGUUGAUUUCCUGCUGUGGAAUUCAGGUAUGCACUAGGAGCUCACUGAACUGCUGGCUUGGAUAAUUGCUCUCACCAUGUCAGAGGAACAAAGAGGCAGUGACACCAGCUCUAGCACAAAGCCAGCCAGCCAUACUUUAAAGCCAAAUUAUAUGCUAAAAUAUACACUCUCGGGACAUUCAAAAGCUGUUUCAUCUGUGAAAUUCAGUCCAACUGGAGACUGGCUGGCAAGCUCAUCUGCUGACAAAGUGAUCAAGAUAUGGGGUGCCUAUGAUGGAAAAUUCGAGAAGACUUUGUCUGGUCAUAAAUUGGGCAUCAGUGAUGUAGCCUGGUCACAUGACAGUAGACUUCUUGUGUCUGCUUCAGAUGAUAAGACUCUAAAAAUUUGGGAACUCGCAUCAGGCAAAUGUGUGAAAACUCUUAAGGGACACAGUAAUUAUGUGUUUUGCUGCAAUUUUAACCCACAGUCAAACCUGAUUGUUUCAGGCUCCUUUGACGAGAGUGUACGUAUAUGGGAUGUCAAAACAGGAAAAUGUCUAAAGACCUUACCAGCCCACUCUGAUCCAGUCAGUGCUGUCAACUUUAACAGAGAUGGAACCCUUAUCGUAUCUAGCAGCUACGAUGGUUUAUGUCGAAUCUGGGACACCACUUCAGGCCAGUGUCUCAAAACGCUCAUCGAUGAUGAUAAUCCUCCUGUUUCCUUUGUUAAGUUCUCACCAAAUGGCAAAUAUAUUCUAGCUGCAACACUAGACAAUACAUUAAAGCUGUGGGACUAUAGUAAAGGAAAAUGCCUGAAGACCUACACAGGACACAAAAAUGAAAAGUACUGCAUUUUUGCUAAUUUUUCAGUAACGGGGGGAAAGUGGAUUGUAUCUGGCUCUGAAGACAACCUUAUCUACAUCUGGAAUCUUCAAACCAAAGAAGUUGUUCAAAAAUUGGAAGGGCAUUCAGAUGUAGUUUUGUGUACAGCCUGUCAUCCAACACAAAACAUUAUUGCAUCCGGAGCACUGGAAAAUGAUAAAACCAUCAAACUGUGGAAGAGUGAUACUUAAACUGAGACUUCAAGCAACUUAGAAGAUGGUUCAAAAUGUCUCCAGAUUUAACUUAACAUAUGGCAUCCAGAAACUGACAAGUUUGUGAGUGUACAGCAGGUGUUUGUGUGGAUGUGAACGAGUGAUGGUAAUUUGAAUAAAUGUGAAUAUCAAAACUCAUUCAAAUUAUAUAAUUUGCUAUAUGUUUUCAUUUAGUGAAGGUAUGAUUUAGACAAUCUGAGAUAUUUUUUUUUUUUUUUUUAGCAUAAAUAAGAUUUUUUUCAUUGGAGAUUUGCAAAAAUAUCAUUCGGUCUAAUAUGGAUGACAAAAGGUGUAAAUACUAAAAUAUGUUGUAAAUUAUUAUUAUUUUUUAGUUAGAUUCUGAAUUUGAAAGGAAUUUUUAUGAGUUCAUUGUUCAAAAAGGUGAUACAUAACUUUGUAGUAGACCCUCAGUGUUCCACAUUAAUUGGACUUUGCAUAAAUUUGUAUUAUUAUUGCAAGUACAUUAACUACUGAAGAACUAAGCCAUAAACCAAAUUCUUCUCCUUUAUAUUGCUUGUAAUACAUUAAUAACACUACAAUUUUACUGGGUAUUCCAAAUAAAAGUCUUGACCUAUUAUGAA